AUGUCUGACGAAUGGGAACCCCCACCUAUCCAGGGGUCAAUAGACACCACCGCGAUGCAGCGUAGUAUGUCUGAUAUAGAGACCAGGACAGUCAAUGAUCUAGCAAGAGUUAAUCUACAUCACACCCUGCUUGAGUGCGAUAGUAAGGAACAGCUAGGCGACGGUCACAGUUCAACGGUGAGAGCACGUAACAACAACGCAGAGGAACGUCCGGUAGAAAUAUCGGGGUUGUCAAACAAUAGUUCGGUAGCUUAUACAUCUGCUUCUACGCCAUCUGUUAGUAGUUCCAAGAGUUACUCUCGCUCUCAAAGCAAUGUUAGCGAAGAUUCAGGAUUAGGCGCAAAAAGCACCAGUGCAAGCUAUAGGCCAACUAAGGUCCACAGUAGAGUACAUAUGAGUGCAGGUACAUCAGUGAAGUCGAAUAUGAACAUUCGAUCACUCAAGCAUCACUCAUCGGUGGUAUCAAAAGAGAAGCCCGUCCAGAACAGAUCUCUGCAAGCAAAUGAAGACGAGAGUUUUGCCCUGGGAAGAUUUGAAUCGGUGGAUCUCAAGACUGUUCACAUAUGCGAACUUUGCAAAACUAGUAUUGCGAAUGAGAUUUUACUGCAUCCCUGCAAGUGCAUGGAGUGCGAAGAAGCGUAUGUUCACCCCACUUGUCUCACGAGUAUGCGAGAUGUCGUCAAGUUGAUGUGCUAUAAUCCAUGCCCUUGUGCGGCCCAGAAAUUGACGAAAAAGUCACAUCGGCAUCCACACUCGUCUACGCCUAUAAUGGGGAAUAGUCUUGAUGCGGAUUUAGCCGGCAAAAAAACCGCAUGGCGGGCCCAAACCCAGCCGCUUGGGAAUGUCAGGCCUACGUCACCCAAAGGAGAUACUUCUGCCAACAGAAGUUUCGGAAGUGCAUUGCAUCCACAAGGUAGAGCGAGUUCAACAUCGCCCCAGAGGAGCUUUACGAAUACACAGGACGAUGAACACGGCCCGCAAAGUCAAACAACGGACCACACGCCAAAGAGUCGUGCCAGAAGGCAAAAAAGUGGUAAUACGAAGAGGAUGCUGUCGUCUGGGGCGAGGUACCUGAAGCACGGUGUCUCCAGUACUGUGUCCGGGGUAACCUCUGCUGUUUCGGGUACGUUUGGGGCAAGCGAGAAAGAAAUAGACAGGCAACGGGCCCAGAUGCCCACAGAUGCUGCAACGCACAAUGCGUCCUUCACCAAUCCAGCACUGGCAUCGGAGGACGGCUCAUAUACAAGUACAUCCAAGAACAAUUCGUUCACUAAUAGUUCCUACACAGGAUCGACAAAUAUAAUCAGCGGUGGGGGCAAAGAUGAACCUUCGAUAGCAUCGAGCAAGGGAAUGGCGUUUACUGUAAGCAUGUACUCGGCCUAUUCUCCGCUGCAAGCCGAACGCGCACGGCAGGCGCAAGAGGCAAACAAGGCCAACGCACUCGCACAAUCAUACACCCAGGCACAGUCCGACGUCCACCUACAUGUGUCUCCGACAACUAGGCCUGCACGGGGGACCUCGCCCGAGAGAGCCGCGGAGAGCGAGGCGUCUCUAGCGUCACAGAGCUUUGAUCAUGAGAUCAGCGGUUCAGGGAGAGGGGAGAGGGGGGUAAAUACGGGCCCUCACGACCAGGGGGGGGCGAGAAAGCGCGCUGUCUCCGACAUUCGCAAACGUAGUGCGGAUUCAGGCAGUGGCACGGGUGGCACUGCCUCUUACACGGCCAAGGGCGAGGCAGCCAAGCCGAACAGAAGACACACACCGCAGUUUGGUAAAGCUACCAAUACACCGCUGACAGUCACUCAGAGCGCCACCGUUCUCAGCUCGUACUCGACUUCUGAUACAACCACGAAUAUAGCGCUGAACUCUAAUGGAGACAUGAGCCAGGACAUAAUGAUCGGGAGCAGAGUGGUGGACAGGCAAAGUGGUGCGGAUGGACUAUACGUGGGUGCGAAUGUUAAUGAUCGAAGCAGGUCCGUCUCGCCUCUGCACAAGGCGAGAUUACUCACUGCACGGUCCACUGCACCUAUGAGCUCUGUAGGCUACAGGAUGACUCCCCCACGGGCUCACAAAACACCCCCCUUUGUUAGGAAAGCACCGCCAGGGCACCCGUACGAACGGCAACUCUCGCCCACGGUUUUUCAGAUGGAGAGAACAAAGUCAAACCCUCUACACAACAGCUCUCUGAAACAUCAUGAAUUGCGCCUGGAUCCUGAGAGUGAGUCCUCUAAUUUGGGUGCAGGUACCGAUUUGGGGAAUGACGUGGAUUUUGCUUCACAGCAGACCUUGCACUUUGGACAGCGAAAAGUGGGUGCGCGACAUAGGCGGAGCCUGUCGGCGCAAUCAGAUGUCUUUGCCAGACAGCUAGCAAAAGUCAACACCACAGGCAGCAUAAUGAGUACAAUUGACUCUGAUGGAGAUUUGGGUACUGAAACGGGUGAGUCGCGUGAUCACAUAAGCGUGCGGGAAAAUUCACAUACCGGCAAGGACCCGGUUGUGAGGAGGCGGAGUGGGUCCAGGACGACCGGACUGACAAAUAUAGGGGAAACUACCAUUAAAGAGUUUGCUCAGAAGCGGUCCGGCGUUCACAACCAAACAACAGGGCUCACGCGGCGGGCCAUAUCUAUGAGCGAUCUAUCAUAUAACAACAACACGAGCAUGACUGUACAGCCGGCGAUAUGCAGGCAGCGGAUAUCCACCAAUCAGCGCAAGCGAUCUAGUCUGUCUGAGACGCAAACAAACCCAUUCAUGUUAGGAAUGACCGUUGAAGAAUUGAAUCUGAAGAUUGAUUUCUUGCAGAAUGAAUUAGGAGCGCAGAGCAUGGUGCUCAUUGAACUACAGCAGGUACGCGAAUUGCAUAUUAAUAACUGGGUAUCGCACCUAUGGUCUGGUAUGUAUCAUAGCACGCGCAUUUAA